ACAUACAACUGGAAUAGACAAUUUCUGCAUAUUAUUCAGUCAUAUAAAACUAUUAUCUACUUGCCAGAAAGGAGAAAUAAGUCUUUUAAAAAAUCAGAUUCAACAGAAUUGUUUUAAAAGGAUUUUCCAAUGAAAUACAGACAUGAUCUUUUGAAAGGGUUUUGAAAUGGACUAUGCAAAACGUGUAUCACCCUAUGCUGUUUUGAUUGUUUUGUUAGACUAAAACAUGAUAUUCCAGUCAUCUCUGAAGAAAUGCUUCCAGUUACACUAUGUCCUCAAAGUUCCAGCUGCUGGCUUCAAAUGUGCAACGAGAGGACUGAUCCUGCAGUCUGUUUCCCAGGAUGUCUAUCAGAAUUUAGCUUUAGAAGAUUGGAUCCAUGAUAAUAUGAAUUUUGAAAACAGACACAUUCUUUUCCUUUGGAGAAAUUCUUCUACUGUAGUGAUUGGUAGACAUCAGAAUCCUUGGCAGGAAUGUAACCUCAGAUUCAUGAGACAGAAUGGUAUAAAACUAGCAAGAAGAAAAAGUGGGGGAGGAACAGUUUACCAUGAUUCUGGCAACAUCAAUCUCACUUUCUUUACAAAUAGGAAGAAGUAUAAAAGAAUGGAAAAUUUAAAACUAGUGGUUGGAGCAUUGAAAACCCUGCGGCCCCAAUUAGAUGUGGAGGCUACAGAGAGAUACGACCUCUUGUUAAAUGGGAUUUUUAAAAUCUCAGGAACUGCUGCAAAAUUAGGAAGGACUGCUGCUUAUCACCACUGCACCUUGCUCUGCAGUGCUGAUAAAUUUAUUUUAUCAACUGUGCUCAAAAGUCCUUACAAUGGGAUAAAAAGCAAUGCCACACCAAGUGUACGUGCCUUAGUGAAAAAUCUCUUUGAAGAAGAGCCUACUUUAACUUGUGAGAUGCUCAUUGAUGCCAUUGCAGAAGAAUAUGCUGCAUACCACCAAAUUGAUAACCAUAUUGUUGAAAUAAAUCCAGCUGAUGAAACCGAAUUCCCUGGAAUUAAUAACAAAGCAAAAGAACUGCAAUCCUGGGAUUGGCUAUAUGGCAAAACACCAAAGUUCAGUAUUAGCACAUCCUUUAAUAUAGUUGAUGAACAAUCUUGCGUUGAAAUUAAGAUAAAUGUGGAUGUAAAAAAUGGAAAAAUGGAAACUUGCAACAUUGAUAUGCCUCCUUUCUGGUUGCCACCAAUAAUGUGUGAUGAACUGAAAAACCAUCUUAUUGGCAGCAAAUUCUGUCCAAAGGAAACCACUGCAGUAGCAGCUGCUUUGAUGAGAACAUGCACAGAUUAUAAAAUACAUGGCAAGUGGAAUCUCUUGUGUGAGAAUAUAGUAUCUCUAAUGUAGUUGAUUUCUUAUCAUCAAUCCUUUAUCAAUACAGUCUUAUUCUAGCAGAGGGUUUUAAAGAUUUGACUGA